CAGAGGACCCUCGGAGGACCAAGGAGGACUCCCGGUGCGUGAUCGUGCGUGAUGCUGCAGCUUUCUUGAUUGUGGAGCAGAGCUGAGAGCGGCGGGUCUAUAAAGCUGCUCGGCGGGCUGUUGUCCACUGACGGAGAGACUAGAGAGCGGAAACAUGCCGGUGACCGGGGAGGGAACUCCUCCAACCGGAGGAAACCCACCUGCAUAUUCCACAGUGAGAAAAAAUGGCAACAUGAACUCUGAGAACGGAUGCAACCACCCGGAGCAUGUAGAUGGAGCUGAGCCACAUGCCCUGCCCAUGCCCAUCCCAGAUCCCCCCAUUCAAUACACCAAGUUAUUCAUCAAUAACCAGUGGCAGGAGUCUUGCAGCAGGAGAAAGCUUCCUGUCUAUAAUCCUGCUACAGGGAACCUGCUUUGUGAAGUGGAGGAGGCUGACCAAGAAGAUGUGGACGAGGCAGUGAGUAGUGCCAGAGCUGCCUUCCAGUCAGGGUCACCAUGGCGAUCCAUGGACGCCUCAGACCGAGGUCAACUACUUAACAGACUUGCUGACUUAGUGGAGCGAGACCGGCUAAUACUCGCAACACUAGAGAGUCUGGACUCUGGAAAAGUGUUCCUCUUGGCAUAUUUUGUAGAUCUGUUGGCCACAAUCAAAACCUUGAGAUAUUAUGGAGGCUGGGCAGACAAGAUUCACGGCAAAACCAUCCCUGUAGAUGGAGAGUAUUUCACUUACACACGGCAUGAGCCCAUUGGAGUAUGUGGCCAGAUCAUUCCUUGGAACUUCCCAUUGAUGAUGUUUGCAUGGAAGAUCGCUCCUGCCCUUUGCUGCGGGAACACUGUAGUCAUCAAACCUGCAGAGCAGACCCCAUUAUCAGCACUGCACAUGGCUGCACUCAUCAAAGAGGCUGGAUUUCCCCCAGGUGUUGUGAAUGUGGUGCCAGGUUAUGGUCAUACAGCAGGCAGUGCCAUUUCCCACCACAUGGACAUUGACAAAAUAGCCUUCACUGGAUCUACUGCUGUUGGGAAACUCAUCCAGAAGGCUGCAGGUGACAGCAACCUUAAAAGAGUUACACUGGAGCUCGGUGGAAAAAACCCAAAUAUUGUUUUUGCAGACUGUGACUUAGAGUACGCAGUGGAGCAGGCCCACAGUGGUCUGUUCUUUAACCAGGGGCAGUGCUGUCUGGCUGGAUCCAGGGUGUUUGUAGAGGAGCCGAUCUACGAAGAGUUUGUCCGCCUCAGUGUGGAGAGAGCCAAAUCCAAAGUCUUAGGAAACCCAUUAGUGCCUGGGGUUGACCAAGGACCACAGAUCGACCAGAAGCAGUUUGAUAAGAUAAUGGAGCUGAUAGAGAGCGGGAAGAGGGAAGGGGCCACUCUUGAGUGUGGGGGCUCCUCAUGGGAUCAGCAGGGGCUUUUUAUCCAACCCACUGUCUUCUCAAAUGUCUCAGAUGAAAUGCGUAUCGCCAAAGAAGAGAUUUUUGGUCCAGUGCAGCAGAUCAUGUGUUUCCGAAGCGUCCAUGAAGUCAUCCAGAGGGCGAACGCCACACACUACGGCCUGGCAGCAGGAGUGUUUACAAACGACAUUGACAAAGCCCUCACAGUCUCCUCCGCCCUGCAGGCUGGCAUGGUCUGGGUGAACUGCUACAAUGCCAUGAGUGCACAGUGUCCCUUUGGUGGCUUCAAGAUGUCUGGGAAUGGCAGAGAACUGGGGGAAUACGCUCUUCAGGAGUACACGGAGGUUAAGGCGGUCACCAUCAAAGUCUCAAAGAAGAACUCUUAAUGCUGUCGGGUUUUUUUUCUGUAUUUUGAUGUCUCUUCUACCCAAUGGCUUCUAAUUUUCAGAAAAUGUAAAUAAUUAGAAGGCAUCAGUAUAUUUUGGAGGCAUUAUCAGUUCUGCUUCACUCCAUGAUCAUAUAUUCCUGUCGUUUCUCCUCAUAUACAUAUUUCUUUUGUAUUCUCAUCUGUGUAACGUCUUGUUUUCUUUAUAUUAGUCUGACUAUACUGACUCUCAUCCAUCGAUAAUCCUCCAAUGUAUUAUUUGAGAUGCAUUUUAUUGUUAAGUGGAAAGCAUGCCUUAUGAAUCUGUGUUUGUUGUGUGUAAUGAGAGACUUUUUGUUCAAAGGUAACCACUUAAAUAGCACUUUGCAAAAAAAGAAUAAUUUUAAUUGGACAAUGUCAUACAAAAAAAAUACAUGAAUCAUUCUAUUUACAGAGUUUUCUUAAUGAAAUCAAUUAAAUUGUUGACCAUAUUAAGUACAGAAACCCAUUAACUGAUUGCAAAGCAGUAAAUGUGAUCCUGCUUUUGUCUGUAUUACAUGAAGCUUCUGAGCUGUUGUCUUUGUUUAUUUGUUGAUAUUUUCUGUAGUUGUACUAGGAAUACAGUUAAACCAGUGAUGUCUGACUCCAUCUUUACUCAGUGUCCCAACUCAUAUUUAACUCCUCAC